GAAAACCAUCGGUCCAGGCUAAUGGCGGCUUCUUCCAGCGAUGAGCUAUUGCAGGCACACGCCGAGCUUUGGAACCACACCUUCAGCUACCUCAAAUCCAUGGCGCUCGAGUGCGCCAUCAAGCUCGGGAUUCCCACUGCCAUCCACCGUUACGGUGGCGCCGCCUCGCUACCUGACCUGCUUGCUACCCUUCCAGUACCGGAGAGCAAGAAAUCCUACCUGCCUCGCCUCAUGAGGUUCCUUGCCGUAUCAGGUAUCUUUACUGUUGAUUUUCCGACAACAGGGGAGUGUGCAAACGGUGGCGCAGACGGUACCUACCGCCUCACUCCACUGUCUCGCCUCCUCGUCGACGAUGACACAGGCGCUCGUGCUGACCAGUGCACGAACUUCUCGCCGUUCGUGCUCUCCCAGACCAACAGGUAUCUUGUCACGGCGGCCCUGCACCUCUCCGAGUGGUUCAAGAGCGAUGAAGGCUCAGCCUCCGCUGGGACGCCGUUCAAGAUGGCGCAUGGCACAGACCUGUGGACAAUCAUGUCCCGUGACCCGACGAUAAAUCAGGUCUUCAACGCCGGCAUGGCAUCCGACACCCAGUUCACGAUGAAUUUCGUGGUCAGCAACUGCAGCGAGGUGUUCGACGGGGUAACCUCACUAGUCGACGUCGGGGGCGGGAAUGGCACAUCGGCGAGGGCGAUCGCCAAGGCCUUCCCACACAUCAAGUGCUCAGUUCUGGAUCUUCCCAUCGUGAUCAAUUCCACCCCAGCUGACGGUGUGGUCAAGUACAUCGCAGGUGACAUGAUGAGUCUAAUCCCAAUGGCUGAUGCUGUGUUCCUCAAGCACGUGCUGCAUGAUUGGAACGACGAGGUCUGCGUGAAAAUCCUGACAGAGUGCAGGAAGGCAAUCCCCGAGUCCAGGGGCAAAGUUAUCAUCAUGGACGUCGUCGUCGGGUCUCCUUCUGAAGCCAAUUACGAAGGCCAGGUCAUGUCCGAUCUGCUGAUGAUGGUAAUCACAUCAGGCAAGGAGCGUGACGAGCAUGAGUGGCGCAAGAUAUUCAUGGACGCUGGGUUCAGUCACUACAAGUCGAGGUCCAUUGUAGGGUGCUUGUCCAUCACCGAGCUGUAUCCUUAAUUAGCCAUGCAUGACUACAACAAAUAUUUGUUGGUCCUGGAAAGUCUGUUUUGCUCGUGUAGGGCCUAAAGUAUCUUU